UUGCGCACAUCCGCCGCACGAAGCAACGUGGGAAUUGAAGAGAACGUGGAAUGUCUCUGACUCCCUGUUACCUGAAAACGCCACAAAAAAAAAAAAAAAAAUCAUCCAAAAUAAUACCACCGGUUAUAGCCGGUCACAUUUCCUUCGAGAAAAUCCCCCGCGUCUCAUCCAACCUUCCUUCCUUUCUCUCGCCGGCCUUUUCUUCGCCUCCAUUUCUAUUUGGAACCAUAAUAUAAUAAAAAAGAAAAAAAGGAGAAGAAAGGAACGUGAACGGAUCCCUUCUUCCUUCCUGUAAUCAUAUUGUUUGAAAAACCGAAGAAAAUAGUUUUUUUUUUAUCAAUCUCCGGCUCGGAGGAGAUGGGGAGGAACGGCGUAGAAGUUCCGGCGGCGGUUAUAGCCUACAAAUUGAGAGACGCUUCUAGUUGGUGGCAAGAUAUAAACGAAUCGGUAGUAUGGCAAGAUCGCAUCUUUCACGUUCUGGCCGUUCUUUAUGGCCUUGUAGCCGCCGUUGCUCUUGUUCAACUGGUACGGAUACAAUUGAGAGUUCCAGAGUAUGGUUGGACUACACAGAAGGUUUUCCACUUUCUCAAUUUCUUGGUGAAUGGGGUUCGCUGUCUAGUAUUCAUUUUUCGCCGAAAUGUAGCAAGUAUAAAUCCACCGAUUGUCCAACAUAUCUUGCUUGAUAUGCCGAGUCUUGCUUUCUUCACAACAUAUGCACUUUUGGUUUUGUUCUGGGCAGAGAUAUACUAUCAGGCACGUGCUGUAUCUACUGAUGGACUUAGGCCAAGUUUCUUCACAAUUAAUGCAGUGGUUUAUGCCAUUCAGAUUGCUUUGUGGUUGAUUUUAUGGUGGAAAGAUACCCGAUUGCUGGUCAUUCUUGCUAAGAUGUUCUUUGCAGGGGUGUCUUUGUUUGCAGCUCUCGGUUUUCUACUUUAUGGUGGAAGGCUCUUCUUGAUGUUGCAGCGGUUCCCUGUAGAAUCUAAAGGGAGGCGUAAGAAGUUGCAAGAGGUUGGCUAUGUGACCACCAUAUGUUUCUCAUGCUUCCUAGUCAGAUGCAUUAUGAUGUGCUUCAAUGCAUUUGAUAAAGCUGCAGAUCUUGAUGUUUUGGAUCAUCCAAUUCUAAACUUCAUAUAUUACCUGCUGGUGGAGAUUUUACCAUCUUCCUUGGUUCUUUUCAUAUUGAGGAAAUUGCCUCCAAAACGUGGAAUCACUCAAUAUCAUCCCAUACGUUGAAGGGAUAGAAAUGGCAUAAAAUGUAACAGCAAAUCUUGAGAUUGGAUGUAAUGCUUGCAUUCACUUGGGAGAAUGGAAGAGUCCGGGCUCUAAGGAGAACACCAAGAGCAAGCAAAUAUUUAUUGUUCUUUUCUUUAGAGUUUUAAGCUGAUCUCAUGGAAUCUAAAAUGUCUAUUUGUGGUCUGUAGGAGGUUAUAGUUGUGUUGAAAAGAUAUAGCCACUCAAGGAUUAUGAAAUGUGUUUGACCAUUAGUGUUGUGAUCUUUGUUUUUGUAUGUCUUGCAUCUUAUAGUCCUUUAUGGCUUCUGCGAACAUGCAACAAUACAUGAAAAUAGUGAAAAAUGUGUUUGUUGUA